CUGCGGACCGGACCGCUAUUACUUUUCUUACUUCCUGCUCCUGGGUGAUCGCUGUUUCCAGUGUGAGCGAUACCGUACUUUCGUUUCUUUCUCACUGGGACCUUGGGUGUGUGGGUACGAGACUCCGAGCCACUGAACCCACCGCUUCAGCUUAGCCACUAUGCGGGACACUACCGGCUCUUCUUGAAAGUGAUCUGGAAAAGCAAUUGGAGGCCCAUAAUAUCGUAUUCUUCGCGUGCCGAGGCCGUUUUGCCAGCCAGCACUCGUCUGUUCUGCGACCACCGGCUGAAGACGGAGGUGAGACGCCCCGGCCUGUUUCCUUCACCCUCCGAAGCCGUCGAGAAGCUGAGGUGACGGUGCCACUGCCAUGGCCUGCCGGUUCGCUGCGUCCUCUUGGUGAACAGGCAGAGUUACAGGGCAGAAGACAUGUUGGGACGGAGGGUUGGGCUCCUCACCGACGCUACCAGCAGUAAUCAUGGAAGCAGUGGGGAGGAUAUUGGCCUGUGUCGUCUUCUUCAUCAUGGCUGCCACAGAGGUCGCCGAAAGUUUGCCUGCUGAGGGAUUCACUCGGUCUCAAGCAGCGUUCCUCUCCAGCCUGGACCACUAUGAGAUCGCCAUUCCGGUGCGCGUAGGGCCCCAGGGCGAAGCGCUGUCUCCGGAAGCAGCGGGCGCAGAGGCACGGCGCCAUCGGCACCGGCGCAAUGCGGACAGCCCAGUGAGCUCUGAGCAGCUCUACUACCAGCUGACCAUGCCACGCACCAACUUCCUGCUCAACCUGACUCUACAGCAGGGACUGCUGUCCGAGCGCUUCCGCGUGGAGUACUGGAUAAAGGAUCGCCUGGCCUGGAGCCACCCCUACUCCCUGCACUGCCACUACGUGGGUCACCUACUGAACCAGCACCACACUACGAAGGUGGCUCUCAGCAACUGCAAUGGCUUGCAGGGGGUGAUAGUGUCCGGCGAUGAAGAGUUCUUCAUUGAGCCGCUGACGCCAGCGAGUAACCUGACCAGUAUGGAGGAGAGGGAGGGUCGCCCCCAUGUGGUGUACAAAAGGUCUUCCCUGCGACACCAGUACAUGGACCAGUCCUGCGGGGUCAUAGAUGAGAAGCCUGGCAAGGGACCAGGAUGGUGGCAGCGGCCCCUGAAACCUUCCCCCAACCAGAUGGGCCGCGGACAGCUGCCGCUGAAGCGCUCGGUGAGCCGCGAGCGCUACGUGGAGACUCUGGUGGUGGCCGACAAGAUGAUGGUGGGCUACCACGGCCGGCGUGACAUCGAGCAGUACAUUCUCGCCGUCAUGAAUAUUGUUGCCAAACUGUUCCAGGAUUCUAGCCUGGGGAAUGCCGUGAAUAUCGUAGUGACCCGCCUCAUCCUGCUCACCGAGGACCAGCCCAAUCUGGAGAUUAACCACCACGCAGGAAAGUCCUUGGACAGUUUCUGCAAGUGGCAGAAGUCCAUAACCAACCGCAAAGGCAACGGCAACGCCAUCCCUGACAAUGGGAUUGCUCACCACGACACCGCAGUGCUCGUAACAAGGUACGACAUCUGUAUCUACAAGAACAAGCCAUGUGGAACACUAGGUCUGGCGCCCGUCGGAGGCAUGUGUGAACCAGAGAGAAGCUGCAGCAUAAACGAGGACAUCGGCCUGGCCACCGCGUUCACCAUCGCGCACGAGAUCGGGCACACGUUUGGCAUGAACCACGACGGUGUGGGCAAUGCAUGCGGCGCCCGAAGCCAGGAGAUGGCCAAGCUGAUGGCUGCCCACAUCACCAUGAAGACCAACCCAUUUGUGUGGUCAGCCUGCAGCCGGGAUUACAUCACCAACUUUCUGGACUCAGGUAUGGGCUCCUGCCUGAACAACAUGCCUCCCAAGCAGGAGUUUGUGUACCCCACCACAGCACCGGGCCAGGUGUACGACGCGGACGAGCAGUGCCGUUUCCAGUAUGGGGUGAAGUCUCGCCAGUGUAAAUACGGGGAAGUCUGCAGCGAGCUGUGGUGCAUGAGCAAAAGCAACCACUGCAUCACCAGCAGCAUCCCCGCCGCAGAAGGAACCAUCUGCCAGACCAACACUAUCGAGAAGGGAUGGUGCUACAAGCGGGUGUGUGUGGCAUUCGGCACCCAGCCUGAGGGUGUGGAUGGGGGAUGGGGCCUCUGGUCGCCGUGGGAGGAGUGCAGCCGCACCUGCGGGGGAGGUGUCUCCUCCUCCACCCGGCACUGCGACAGCCCGAGGCCAACGAUCGGUGGGAAGUAUUGUCUGGGAGAGAGGAAGCGAUUUAGAUCCUGCAAUAUCGACGAGUGUCCUGUCGGGUCUCAGGACUUCCGGCAAAUUCAGUGUUCCGACUUUGAUAACGUGCCAUUCCGAGGCAAAUUCUACACCUGGAAACCGUAUAGAGGAGGUGGUGUAAAGUCCUGCUCACUGAACUGCCUGGCGGAGGGUUACAACUUCUACACGGAGCGCGCCCCAGCCGUGGUGGACGGAACACCUUGUCGCGAUGACUCUCUGGACGUCUGUGUGAAUGGGGAGUGCAAGCAUGUGGGCUGUGACCGGAUCCUGGGCUCCGACACCAGAGAGGACCGAUGUCGGGUCUGCGGGGGCGACGGCAGCAGCUGUGAGGUCGUUGAGGGCAUCUUCAAUGAUUCCUUGCCUGAAGGAGGUUAUGAAGAGGUGGUUCAGAUCCCAAAAGGCUCAGUGUUCAUUCACAUCCAGGAGCUAAACGUCUCCCUCAACUAUCUGGUGCUGAAGGGUAAAGGGGACCAGUACUAUAUUAAUGGGAAGCUGACUAUCGACACCCCGCGGAGGUUCGACAUUGCUGGGACCACCUUCCACUACCGGCGGCCAGCUGAUGAACCGGAAACCCUGGAGGCACUCGGGCCCACCAACAUAUCGCUUGUUGUUAUGGUGCUGGUACGGGAGCCAAACCCAGGGAUUCACUACCGGUUCAACCCCCCCAUGAAACAUGACGCACUGAGUGGAUACGCCUGGCACUACACCUCCUGGUCCCGCUGCUCCUCCCUGUGUGCCGGAGGGAUUCAGACCCAGCAGGUAGCGUGCAAGAAGCAGGCUGAUCAUUCGGUGGUCUUCAACCACUUCUGCGACAAGAGGAGCAAACCCAAGGAGAAGAAGAGAGCGUGCAACUCUGAGCCGUGCCCGCCAACGUGGUGGACGGGGGAGUGGUCUGAGUGCAGUCGCAGCUGUAACGGGGGUGUCCGUACCCGCGAGGUGCUCUGCAAGAGGAAGAUCUCACCCUCGGAGGAGAAAGUCCAGGAUGACAGUAUGUGCGCGCCUCCACGUCCCUCCCUCACCGAACCCUGUAACAACCAGACCUGCCCCCCCGAAUGGCUGGCCCUGGACUGGUCUGAGUGCUCCUCCAGCUGUGGCCCAGGCUACAGGCAUCGUGUAAUCCUGUGCAAGAGAGGGGAGAGUGGGGAUGCACUGCCAGAGGCGGAGUGCCUCAAGAGCAGCCGCCCCACCAGCAGGGUGCGCUGUAACCUCCAACGAUGCCCUCCGCCGCAGUGGGUGACUGGCCCAUGGGGAGAGUGUUCGGCAAAGUGCGGGCUGGGUCAGGAGAUGCGCUCUGUGCAGUGCCUCAUGCACACCGGCCAUCAGUCCAACGAAUGCUCCGAGACCCACCGGCCUGCAGUCAUGAAGCAGUGUGAGAGCAAGUGUGAACUGGGCCCCACGGACAACCCUGAAGAAUGCAAAGAUGUGAACACAGUGGCAUACUGCCCCCUGGUGCUCAGGUUUAAGUUCUGCAGCCGACCAUACUUCAGACAGAUGUGCUGUAAGACUUGCCAAGGACAUUGAUUUCCCUACUCCCCAGCCUCGUGCCCAGCUCACGUCUGAUGACCUGCAAUGCUGGUGGUGGUGGUGGGGGGGGGUUUGAGUUACACAGACGGUGAAUUAUGCAGUGGUCAUGGGGGGUGGGGGGGACGGGUAUUAUUCAGCAAGAAAAAAUGAGAGAGGAAUGAAAUGAAAAAAUAGGGAAUGCAUAGCAGCCCGUCAGCCACCCUCUGCUGCAACUGUCAUUCAACUUGAAAUCCUUAUUCCUGUUAAAUUGUAGCCUGUUAAUAUGUCUGUAAUGGGAGACCACUGUAUAACAUAACACUGUAUUACAUGUUGUGGUCGCGUUGAAACCUUGCAGUGAUACAAAAAAAUUGAUAUUUUCCCCUUUGCUUUUGAUGGAAUUUAUAUUGCCUUGUUUUGCUGUUUUCGCAUCGCUCUGUUUUUUUCGGAAACCUCACAGAUCAUCUGAUACGUCAUGUGAAGUGAUGGAUUUGCACAGUUGUUCCUGUCAAUGUUCACAAGCAUGCGUCUGGCUGCUAGACGUGCCAUUAAGUCCAUUCAUCACUGCCCUACGCUUCUGUCAGUCUGCGUGCUACUGCACUGCCAUUGACAGGGGCACGGUAGGAAUUCCUUACUGUACCCAGGACAGCCCCCUGCUCCCACUGCUGUAUUUGAAAAGCACUGUCGCAUGACUAAUGUAGCACUUCAUGUGCAAUAACAGUAGGAAUGCAGUGUGGGAUUGCAGUGCUUUUAAUGUCAGUGUGUGAAGACCAGCAGUACACUUGAACGGGAAUGUCCAGUUUUCCUUAUUACUAAACGGUUUGGCUUGAUUUUGCCCUGUGACGGACUGGCAUCCCAUCCAGGGUGUAUCCCACCUUAUGCCUCAUGCCUCUUGGGAAAGGCUCCAGGGUCCCCAUGCCCUGUAUUGCCUAAGCUUUUACGGAAAAUGGGUGGAUGAAUGGAUGGAUGGAUGGACUGAUUUAUCAAGCUCUUCCAGCCAUGUAUCAUUUUGCACCUUUUAAACUCUGAGCAACAAAACUUUUAAUAUUCAUUUAAAUUAAAUAAAUAAAAGUUUCAGACAUUAACAUAGCAUUAACAAAUAGAUAUAUUUUUUGAUAUUUGUUUUUGAUUCCUAAAAGAAGAAUAUAAAGAAUAUAUAGAAGAAUAUAAAGUGCAUAUAUAUAUAUGGCUGCAAAAGCUUGCUGAAUCUGCCACUUGCCCUAAUGCCACAAUGGUGCACGUCACGUGGAGAUAUCAUACCUACCGCUCUUACACAGCUUCGAGAUGGUGCUAUUUUUUCCAUGUAUUUCAGUUAAUAUAAAUGGUUUGGUUGAGGUUAGUUUUCAGCAAUUUCGCAGUCAGGGGAAGAGGAGCAGAAAUUGAGGGCAUACGAUUCCCCCCUUCUGCAAUAAGCUGGCGAUCCCCCCCAAGUCAGACCAGCGGGCAGCUGCGUCGCGCGCAUUCGGAAGCUUUUUGCAUCAGAAAUAAUACUCAAUAUUAAUCACUCUGAUGAUUUUAACUCAGAAACAAAUCAGCAGAACUUUUUAAAAACUAAAUUUUCAAGAUAUAAGCUUAACAAAUAUGUACUGUGGCUGACCACAAUCAAACCAUUUUUUUCUUCUCUGAGAAAAUGUGGACAGAUGCCAUUUUCACAUGCUAUUAGAUAUGUACUGUACAUCCAGUAUUAUCGAAAUGUUUGCGAUUCUUAUGUACACCAGUUGAAAUGAAAAUAAUUCAAUAAAUGACUAAAUAUGGUGCAUUGUAAAUAGA